UCCGAGCGAGUGCGUCGACGUUGUAGCCAUUUCUCUCGCUGCUUUCAGCACCUUUCUCUUCUGUACAGAACCGCGUCUCGGCGUGACAGAAACCGCCUGAGUAAAGGCAGGGCAGAUUCUCCUCUCUGUCUACUGGGCCGGCUUCCUCGCCAGCCGAACUUCGUCGAGAUGGACCCAGCAAGCCGUUACCAAGUGUUGCACAAUGAAGAAGAUUCUUCAGAGGUUUCCACCAUUGAGCAGCAGCCCUGCACUUCUGCCUCAGCCAGAGCCGAUGCAUCCGGACCGGACCAGAGGGGGAUCCGGGCCAGCGUGGCUCCAGCUCCUGCAGCAGGGCAGGCCGAGGCACCGCCACCUCCUUACGCUACCAUUGACCUGGGGGCUACCUCUGCAACACCUGAGACCAGUUUCCAAGGCGACUUCCCAGGCCCUCCACCCUACAGCAUCGCCACGUCACUACCAACCUAUGAUGAAGCAGAGAAGGCUAAAGCAGCCGCCCUGGCUGCCUCCGCUGUGGAAGUGUUGCCCCGGGACGACGACUUCCCACCCAGAGAUGAUUUCAGUGACGCCGAUCAGCUUCGAGUUGGGAACGAUGGCAUCUUCAUGUUGGCCUUUUUCAUGGCUUUCCUGUUCAACUGGAUUGGCUUCUGCUUGUCCUUCUGUCUGACCAACACCAUCGCAGGACGCUACGGAGCCAUCUGCGGUUUCGGCCUCUCCCUCAUUAAGUGGAUCCUCAUCGUCAGGUUCUCGGACUACUUCACCGGCUACUUCAAUGGUCAAUACUGGCUCUGGUGGAUCUUCCUGUUGCUGGGCCUCCUGCUGUUCUUCAGAGGUUUUGUGAACUAUCUGAAAGUGCGCAACAUGUCAGAAACCAUGGCCACGUCACACAGAACGCGCCUCUUCUUCCUUUACUGAAAUUGUGCUUUCUUACGGCAGGUUUUCACGCCGACAGCAUUCCUUUCCAGCGCAGUUCCUUCCCUCGCUUGACCUGACCGGGGAUCCCGACAUCGAGGAGAGGAGGCGGGGAAGGAUUGAAGGCAAGAAGUAGGGAGAAAGUGUUACCAGUUUAAUCCAUUUUUUUUAAUAUAAAAUUUUCAACUCACUCUGAAGAAGUUUACGCUUCUGAACUGAGCCAAAAAAAAAAAAAGGUUCUAUAUUUGACAAAAUUUCGGAAACUAUUUUUUUGUUGUCUCCAAUUCGCCUUUUCUUUCGUCUGGCUUACGUGUCGUGUGUUUGAUGAAGCACAACGGAAAACAAUGAAGGAAUUUAUUCAUAUCUGUCACUUAAUUUACCAUUUUCAGAGUUGACAAGUAAAAAAAAAAAAAAAGCUGAUAUCUGCGACAGAAAGGUGAGUCUGAAACAGUGUGUAGUUGUGCUGAACCAGUCUUACUUUAACUGUGAUGUAGCAUUGUUUUACAAUAAACCAAACCAGAUGUGGAGCCUUGAACGCACCAUCUGUAACAGGAACAAAAAACAGGGCUAUUUAAAAGAAUCGUUUUCUUGGUCACUUCAUUAUUUUCCUUCCUGCUGAUUUCAAACCUUUAAGAUCUGAGACUCCCUCUUGACUUCAGAGUAGGAUCAGGUCUUAAAGGUUGAGAUCGGAAAGAUUUGACUAUUUCACGCCAAGUUAAUCCCAACUGUUAUGCUUCACCUAUUCUGCCUCCCAAGUCGUACCUUCUUCAAUUUCUUGUAAGCUAAAAGGAGCUAAUCAGUAAAAUUGUCUUGGAUAAAACAGUGUUUUUAGCUGCACAAGGUCUCAUCAGGUCUGUGGCGACCCCCUGGUUCUGGCGCUGUGGGUGAGAAGCGUGUUCACAUACAGUGCUUUGCUUAUUCUGGUUUUGUUUUGAAAACGCUCUUUGGAGUCCAAGAGUCUUAUGCAAUUUGGUGGUAAUGAAUUUCAAUUAUUGUGGCUGUAAGGCUGUUCGUUUAUUGAAGUAGAUGAUUAGUUUAACCAUCACAGACUGAGGUCCAUUAGAACAAGCGCAUUAAGAAAAACCGGAGGCGACUUGUUCCGCACGACAUGGACGGAUCUCUUUCUUCGGGAUUCAGCGUUACUAGUUUCAGUUUGGGUAUUUCUUCCUUUUUCUUUCUGCUCGGAUGGGAACCCGGACGCGACGUUAAAGGAACAUCAGCGCAGAUGUUGGGGUUAUCCAUGAGUGUCAUGGCGAUGAAGUCUGUGGGAGGAGGGGGGUCGGGUCAUGUGUCAAUGGAGCCUCACUAGACAUGCAUAAAAUUAACUUUUUUUUUUUUUUUUGUCAUUGAAAGAAAAUGAAAUAUGUAUAUAGAAGCUUAUGCCAAUUUAUAAAAUUUGCACUUUGAAGUUCUUAUGUACAAGAAGAUUUGUGAAUCUGCUUAACUUGAUUCGGGAAUACAAAAAGACUAAUGUUAUCUUAUGCCUGGUUCACACGGCAGAAUUUUCCAAACCUGAGACCCCACACGUAACGAGACAUAAUCGUAGGCGUCACAGGUUAGGUCGUAGUGUGUGUGGUGUCCAGCAACACGGUAAGCACCACACACACAAACAGAUUUCACUCACAUUCAGAUUUCAAUCAGGAAAACUCUCUCGAGUUUAAACAUGAGUUCAGAGUAAUUCCCUUUCAUAUUUCUGUCCUCUUGCUUUCUGAUUGGCUGCGUGCUCGUUUAUCCUCUGGGAACAGCCCAUACAGUAGGAAAACACACCACACGCGGCAGGGUUAUCUUAGAAGAUUAUCUUAAGAGCCAUCCCAAUGAUCGGGGCAUGUCGGAAGGGGAAGAUCGGGUCAAAAGUCGGCAUAUAAAUCAUGCCAUGUGAAUCAGGCAUUAGCCAUCCAAGUUUUUUGUUUUUUUUAAACUGGAAUUUCUUAAUCAUCCCAAAUGGAUAAUAUGCCUUUUGCACUUUUUAUUUGUCAAAAUAAUAUUUAUAUGUCUUGUUUCAUUGCUUUUAACCUGAACUGUGACAGCUUGAGUAUUUGCCAAACUGUUUUUAAAAAUUUGUUUGACUGGUCAUAUCCUACUAAAGCCUCUUUCAGCAAUAUCAAAAUCUUUCUGCUGCAUGAUUUACCCACCUGGACUAGUUCAGCUGGGCAGUGUUAGGAUUAAUCUUCAAAUGCAUUUUUGUCUUUGUAAAUAAAUAUGGCUGAAGAGUUUUCUCUGAGAUGAGACUCGGAAAAUCUCCUCAAGCAAGUCGGUAUGCAUUUAUUGUAACUGGAAAUAAAAUGGAUAAAAAAACGAAUAAAAAAAAUGCCAAUAAAGUUCAAAAGCCUGCCACUGAAA